UCUCAGUUAAGGAAAAUCAGUCACAAGAUUAAGACAUGUGGUCCAUAGUGUUGUUGAUAUCCAUAAGUGAGUUGGUCCAAGGACUUUCCCGGGUGGAUCCUCUAGUUUCAACAAGAAGUGGCCUAAUUCGUGGACUUCGCAUCAAUGGAGGUUACGCGCAGUUUCUCGGCAUACCCUACGCAGAAGUGGAUAAAUCUAAUCCGUUUGGGCCGGCUUUUCCGCAUCCAGGCUUCGAUAAUGUCUUUAAAGCGUACGAGUCAAAUAUGUGUCCGCAAGUGUCCAACAACGUCUCAGUUGGAACCAUUAACUGUCUCACUUUAAACAUUUACGUACCAGACGCUGCCACUUCUCAAAACAGCUUGCCUGUGAUGGUAUGGAUACACGGAGGCUAUUUUGUAAUCGGCAGUGGCGAUUCCAUUGGUAUCCCUGAAUAUUUAUUGGUAGAUGAUGUCAUCGUAAUAUCAAUUAACUACAGACUUGGAAUUUAUGGAUUCAUGUGUCUGGAUAUUCCAGAAGUGUCUGGCAACCAAGGACUUAGAGACCAAGUAUUAGCUUUGAGGUGGAUCAAUGAGAACAUUGAUGCUUUCGGAGGAGACCCUAGAAAAAUCACUAUAUUUGGGGAAAGUGCUGGUGGUAUAUCAGUAAAUCUUCAUUUACUGUCGUCUUACGAAAGUCUUUUCCAAAGAGCAAUUAUUCAGAGUGGUCCCGCAGUCAGCCCUUGGGUAAUGCAAGAAUCUGAUAACACUGUGCCCAUAAAACUGGCUAAAGCAUUAGAUUUUGCUACAGAUGAUAUAACUGAAGCUAUAAAUUUCCUAGCAACCGUGCAACCUAGUACGCUCGUCAAAAUGGCUUACGAUUUGAAGUUGACUUCCUACGUGACUCUAGAAGACAGUCCUGCCACUUUGCCGUGCAUUGAGAAUAAAAUGGAAGGCGUCGAGCAUUUUAUAACAGCACAUACUCUGAAUAUAGAAACGUCUCAACUUAGAAAUAUACCAGUCAUAAUAGGUGUAAAUAGUAACGAAAUGGCUAUGGGUUACGUCAAUGCUAGAAGAGACUUCUUUAAGCAUUACGAUUUUAAUAUUAUAAACUCUGUACUUGAUUUAAAAGAUAAAUUAGUGGAAGCUAUAGGAGAUAUUAGGCAUUUCUAUAUCGGAGAUGAAGAUACUGGAGACAAAGUUAAAAUUGAAAUACAAAAUUUCUCUUCAGAUGUCUUAUUUAAUUAUCCUACAGAAAAGAUGGCAGAAAAACUGUUGAAACUUGGUGCCAAAUCUGUUUUUAGAUAUAUUUUCUCGUAUAGUGGCGACAGGAAUAUAAUGAAGUUAAGGCUGAAACUAAAUAACACUGGAGCUGUACACGCUGAUGAACUUGGAUAUUUGUUCGAUAGUGACGAACUCAAUGGUGAUAACAAUCCUAGAGAUCAGCUUAUGAUUGAAAGAAUGACUAUGAUGUGGACCAACUUCGCCAAAUACGGAGACCCAACCCCAACGACAUCAGAGCUACUUCCAGUAAAAUGGGCACCAAUAACGAAGACUACCCAGCGUUAUCUCAAUCUAGACUCAGAACUUACACUCGAAGGCAGACCCUUCCAUGACAGAAUGGCUUUCUGGGAUAUAUUCUAUAAAUUAUACGGAAAUGACCGCAGAAAGAAGUCUUCAGAAAGUGAUAGUGCAUACUAUAAAAAGUAAAUGAUGUGAUCAAGAAUAAUUAUUCUUAAUUUUUUUGUUAUUUUAAAAUUAUU